AUGUCGCUUAUACCAUACCAUCCGCGCGAGGGCCGCGAAAUCGUUCUCCGUCACCGCAAUGCAAUAGUAGUUCGCGACCCCUCUUCCCAGCGACUAGAGAUUCGAGGCCUGUCCGAAUGUCCUACAUGCCGACAACCUUUGCGCUCCUCCUCCCCCGAUCGUCAAUUCGACAGUGCGCGCCACCACGAUUCCUUCGUUGACCCCAACUACUUCCGCAUGCUGCGAGCUGGUCACCACAGUGUCCGAGCCGAACGUCCACCUUCUAGCCCUAUCCGCAGAUUCGUGCAGCCUAUUCUGGCGACUCCCCAACCCGCCGUUUUCGAGGACACACAAGAUGUUGAGUUCAUAUCAAGCACACCCGCCGUCCAGGAAGGAAGUCGCAUCCGCCGCGAAGCCUUCAGUCCGAAUUAUUUCAAAACCUUCUUCGUCGAAGAGAAAGAGCUUGGCCGAGGCGGAAAAGGAGUUGUCCUGCUCGUCCGUCAUGAGAUUGAUGGCUGUCACCUAGGCCACUUCGCAUGCAAGCGUGUGCCAGUCGGAGACGACCAUGCCUGGCUCGAAAAGGUGCUCAUCGAGGUUGAGCUGCUUGCCAAACUGUCCCACCCAAACCUGGUUUCCUACCGCCACGUUUGGCUCGAGGACGUUACUUUGACGAGAUUCGGCCCCAGCGUGGCAUGCGCCUUUAUUCUUCAACAGUAUUGUAAUGGUGGAGAUCUGCUUCAAUACAUCAUCGGCGAGCAGCCAAAGGAGACUACGAAAGAGCAACUCAAGGCUCAAAUGCGUAGGAAGUCAAAAGGUCAACUCGAAAUUCCACGCGAUCAAUUCGCCUCUCAACGGCUCCUUUCUUUCGAAGAAAUCUUCUCCCUUUUCAAAGACAUCACAUCUGGACUGGCCUACCUUCAUGCAGCCAACUACAUUCACAGGGACCUCAAGCCGAGUAACUGCCUGCUGCAUCGUGAGGGGAGUGGCAUGAUCUGCCUGAUCAGUGACUUUGGCGAGGUUCAGUCCGAGCACAUGGUUCGCAAGUCCACCGGCUCAACCGGAACCAUCUCCUACUGUGCGCCGGAGGUCUUGAGGAGGGACUCUGUGGGACGCUACGGCAACUUUACAACAAAAUCCGACAUAUUCUCUCUAGGAAUGAUUCUCUACUUCAUGUGUUUUGGCCGGCUACCCUACCGUAGCGCCAACACUAUCAACGAGGAGUUAGAAGACAUUGACGCCCUGCGCGCUGAGAUUACGGAUUGGCAGGGCUUCCAAGAUGAGCGCAGAGAGCGUCCUGACCUUCCCUCCAAGCUGUACCAACUUCUCAAAAGGCUCGUCGCACUGGAUCCUUCUCAACGCCCAAGCGCCAACGAAGUCUUAGCAGCCAUGAAGACCGAAUCCACCGUUGAUAGCGUCCCUCGAGGCAGAAGCUCAAGUCCGCCGGUGGGUCUUCACAACCGCCGCAUUCAGAAUCUCGAUUCUCCAGUACCUCCUAGUACACCUGUCCCAGGUUCGUCAUCCACGGCACCAUAG